AUGUUCAGGUGGAUAACAUGUCCUUGUCAGCAACCAUUAUAUUAUCGACGUUCUAUUAUAUUUCCAUUAAUUACAUUUAUGAUAACAACUGGUCUUCUAUAUGGAUUUGUUGAACAUUAUACAGUAACAACUCAUUUAAUAAAUUCAGCACUAUAUUCAAAUUCUACGUUUUUUAAUUUACAAUGUAAAUUAAAAAAUGAAACUAUACGUGCUAUUAAUUUAGCUUCGAAUGAUUAUUGUAAAAAUUUACUAAAAAAUAUUUCAUGUAAAAUUGAUUCAAAUCCAAAUUUUUUUCCGAAAUCAUUACCACGUUUUUGUCCUAUUCAAAAAGGUAAUUUUGGUGAUGUUAUUGGUUGUGUAUCAAGUGAUGAAAAUUCAACACAUCAUAUAAACAAGUCACAAAUAUUUGAUAAUGAUAUUAUGUGUAUUGAUUAUUGUUUAAAACAUAGUGUAUCUUUUGCUGAAUAUAAUGAAUUUACUGGUCAAUGUUUUUGUUUAUCAACAUUAAAUAAUCAACAUCAUUUAAUAAUACCAAAUCAAAAAUGUACAAAAAUAAUUUUUAAUAAUAAUAAUGAAAAAAAAAAUUUCACAACAAUUUAUCGAACUGGUUUUAUUGAUUUUGGAAAUCAUCUUGAAAAACGUCGUUCAAUACAAAAUCAUAAUCAAACAAUUAUUGUUUUUUUUUUAACAGUUGGUGGUCGAAAAAAUCUUCGACAAAUAAAACGAUUAGUACGAGCUAUUUAUUUACGACAACAUUAUUAUUUAAUACAUGUUGAUAGCGUAUUACAGCGUGAAAAUUAUUUAUAUGAAGAAUUAUUAAGAUUAUCAAAAAGAAUUUCAAAUAUUCAUUUAACUAAUAAACGUUAUCCAACAACAUGGGGUGCAUCAACAUUAUUAACAGCACAUUUAGAUGCAUUUAAACAAAUAUUUAAUGAAUUAAAAUGGAAUUUUUCUUUUAUACUUAAUUUAAGUGAAACAGAUUUUCCAUUAAAACCUAUUCAAGUUUUAACAACUUUUCUAUCAAUGUAUACAUCAUAUAAUUUUCUUCGUUCACAUAGUCGAGAACCAUAUAAAUUUAUUAAAUCUCAAGGAUUAUUUCAUACAUUUAUUCAUUGUAAUGAUUAUAUGUAUCGUAUUGAUUCAAGAUCAUUAAUUCAAAAUAUUAUUUAUGAUGGUGGAUCUGAUUGGUAUGUAUUAAAUCGUGAAUUUGUAUAUUAUGUAACAUAUGGUAAUGAUGAACUUGUAAAUGGUCUUCGACAUACAUUUAAUUAUUCAUUAUUACCUUGCGAAAGUUUUUUUCAUACUCUAUUAAGUAAUAGUAUUUAUUGUGAUACAUAUAUUCGAAAUAAUUUACGUCUUGUACAUUGGAAUCGAGAACGUGGAUGUAAAUGUCAACAUAAAAAUGUUGUAGAUUGGUGUGGUUGUUCACCAAUUAUUUAUAGAAAUAUUGAUAAAAUAAUAUUGAAUGAAACAAUUGAUAAACCUUUCUUUUUUGCUCGUAAAUUUGAUCCAACUAUUGAUGAAACAAUUCUUGAUUGGCUUGAUGAAAAAAUUUCAAGACGAAAUUUAUCGAAUAGUGCUUUUUAUUUACAAAAUAUUUAUCAUAUAAAUUAUGAUCUAAAUAAUUUAAAUAAUGUAUUAAAAUUAAUUGAUUCAUAUGCACGUACAAUACUUAUUGAUUAUCAAGAACAUCGACGUAAUUGUUUUCAUGAUGAUAAUAUUCAAUUAGAACAAAUUCAUGCCAUAUUUCAAUUAAGUUUAUAUCAAGGUUAUUCAUUACAAUAUAAAUUUAAUGAUGGAGAACAAAUUGAAUUAUUUAUUCAAUUAAAUUCAUUUACAACUAUUAAUUCAAAACAAAUUAAAAGAUUUGAAAUUGGUCAAGAAUUAGAUAGUAAAGAAAUUAUUUUUAUUGAUCGUAGUAGAACAUUUAUUGAACCAAAAUUAGUCAAAGUUCUUAUUGAAUGGGAAUCUAUGACAGAUAAUGAUACAUCUUUAAUUAUUAAUAGUCCUAAUGGUGCUAUUCUUCAACGAGUAAAACUUCAUCCAUCUUUAGAACCUCUUAUUAUUGAUAUAUUUUUUCCGGUGGUAUCUUCACCAAAUAUGAUUGGUAUAUGGAAAAUGUUAAUUAUUAAAGAAAAUCAUGAAAAUUAUUUAGCUUCAUUAAAUUUUCUUGUUUUAUUAUCUAAUGAAGAUCAAUUAUUAAAUAUUCAAUACUUAAAAAUAAUAAAAAAUUUUUGGUCUAUAACAAAUAUGUGUACAACAAAAAUAAAUUCAUCUUUAUGUAAUGAUUUAUUAAAUCAAACGAGAAUAUUAGCUAUUAAUGAUUGUUCUCAACAACAAUGGAGUUAUUUCUUUUAUGACAUUAAAUUUUUAAUUGAAUUUCUCAUGCUAAUAAUUAAUUCAAAAUUAAAAACUUUAAAACAUUAUCGUCGAUUUUUAUAUUUAUUUCAACGUAAAAAAUCUUCAUCAAUUAACAUAACUUAUUCUUAUCAAUAUACAAUGCGUUUUCCACGAUUACCUAUAACACUCCCACCAUUUGUUCCGACAUUAAUGUCUUAUCGAUGGAAUGAUGAAGAUGAUUGUGAACCAUUAGCUAAAAAAUUUUCAUAUCAUAAUCCUAAUCCUAAUCAUCAACAACAUAUUCGUCGACGUAUACCAAAACGUUAUGGUAAUAUAUUUGGUUCAUUUGCAAAAAAAAAUUUUUCAUUACGAAAAAAUUCAAUAAAUCGAGAAAAACAAACUGUUCUACCAUUAUCACAAUCAAAUUAUAUAUCAACUAAAAAUUCUCAUCAUCAUCAUUCAUUAAAAUGUAUAAAUGAAAAAAUUCAUUGUUUUAAUUCACAUAAAAAAAAAUCUCAUAAUAUAAAAAAUCAUCAUUAUAAUCAUACAAUAAAAUAUGAUGAUAUACUUGCACAACGUAUGCAAGCAGCUAUGAGUACUGAAUUAAUGAAUUCACUUGAUCGAAAUUUUAUUUUUGGUCAUCAUAAAAAAUCAAUAACAACAACAAAUUCUAUUAUGACACGUUCACAUUCAUUAAAUAUUUGUACAUCAUGUUGGAAUGAUCAAUCGAAUGAAAAUUCUUAUGAUAAUUUUAAUAAAGAUAAUAUUUCUAUUCAUGUACCAACACCUGAUUAUGAUGAACAAAAUGAAGAUAUUAUUAUACAAAUAUUAAAAAAUGAAAAUAAUAUUAAUGAAGAACCUAUUAUUGAUUAUGAUGAUUCAAAAUCAAUUAAUAAAUAUGAAUUAGAUGAUAAAUCAAUAUUAAAUUCUAAUGAUGAAAUUUUAUCAUCAUAUAUUAUUCCACAAACAUUAACAAUAAAUAGUAAUGAACAAAUAUCUAUACCACCUUUACCACCACCAUUACCUGAUUUAAAUAUUGAACAAAAGAAAAUAAAAUUUCAUUGUCGUACUAUUGCUGAUAAAUUAUCAUUUGAUCAUAAACUUAUACUUAAAGAUGAAGAGAAAGAAGAAGAAGAUGAUGAUAAUGAUGAUUUAAAACAAUCAGAAUUAUUUAAAACAUCUUCUCAUAAUUUAUCAAAAGAUUUAAUAUUAAAUAAAAAUUUUCAAUCAUUAUCAUAUACAUAUUCACCUGAUGAUUCAAUAACACAAUUAACUAAUCAUGAAACAAAUUUAACAAUAUUAUGUAAAAAUUCAUCAUUAAUAGAUGAACAAAUUCAACAUUGUUUAUCAUCAUCAUCACCAAGUACAUCAAUUGAUAUUGAUCAUGAUGAUGAAAAUGGUUCAUCAUCAUCAAAACUUUAUAAUGAUUAUAAAAAACAAGCUUCAUUAAUAAGUAUACCAACAAGUACAAUGCAUAGUCAUUCUAUUAUAAUACAACCAAUGCAUACACAUUUUGGAUUACGUUCAUCAACAUCCUCAACAUCAACAAAUGAAAAAUUAACAGACAUGACUUUACCAAGCAAACAAAUGAACGUGUGUGUUAUUAAUCAACUAAAUGAACAUUUAUCAACACGUUUCCGUAAGCAACAACAAGAAUUAUGCGCAAACAAUUUUAAUAAUUCUGAUAAUAAUAGUCAUCAAAGUUACGUUUCAUCACAAGAAUAUAUGUCUGGAAAUAAUAAUAAUAAUAAUAUUCAAUCGAAUGUUUAUGAUGAUCCAAAAGAUAUACCAGUGAUCAAUUCAAUAUGUUUAUCUUCAGUACCUCCACCACCACCACCACCAUUACCUGCUGAUGGUUUUCGUCCAAUAGUACCAGUUAUAAAUCGUUCAUUAAAUUCUCAACGAACAUCAAUUAUGACAUUAUCACGUGAAGCGAAUAAUUCAACUAUACCUUGUAGUACUGGUACAUCAACAAUAUCAAGUAAUUUAUCUGAUACACGAAUUUUACGUGAAUUACGUGAAAAUCCAUUAUUUACACGUGCAAAACAACAACUUGAAAUUGAACCUGGUUCAAAUGGUCGACGAUCAGGUCGUCGAUUAAUUGGAUCAACAUUAAAUAUAACAAAUAGUGAAACAUUAACUAAUGAUACAGUAUCUUAUAUACAAUUAGAUAAUUUAAAAAAAUCUUAUGAAACAAAAAAUACAAAAGAAUUUGAAACAAUUAUUAUGCUUCCAAAUGAAUUAGAUACAAUGCUUGGAAAACGAACUAAAUCAACAAAUGAUAUUAAUCAAAUAAAAUCUCGUCCAUAUACAAAAUCAUUAAUACAAACACAAUGUCGACAAUCUGAACUUGAACUUAUUUUUCAAAAACGUGCGCAACGAAGCGAACAAAAUUUGAUGUGA